AUGGCUUCCCAAGAGGAUCCAGAAGACAAUCGUCAAAGCCAAUAUGACAACAUUGAUGGAUACCUGCCAACGUACGAAGAAAUAAGUGCAAGGAGCGAAGUCCCACUGCACACGUGGAAGAAGACUGUGAAUCCUAGACGCUGGGGAAAUCCAGUCGAUAUUACACAGGCACCGUCCGAAGAAGAGAUGACUACGUACAUUGCGUACAUCAACAUGGAAAUGCUUCAUCUUAGGCAAUCAAAGGAAAACCUGACAAUAUCACUGUACGAAGAUUUCAACGAAUGGUCUACCUUCCAAUGGGAAAAGGUCUAUCGUGCGUUCAGGGCAGAGUUCAUACGACUUAUUGAGCUAAAGGGAGUCUUCACCUUUGUACCGUACAAUCCAAAAGAGCAUGACCACCUCCGUAUCUACAAGACACGGAUGGGAAGAGAAGUUGUGCGAUUACUCCUUGUCGAUAACCAUGGGGCUGGCAGAAGUGCCAAGGAAGCGACCGCCCUUGCCGACGUUCUUGCCAAGCUUGCUGCCAGGCGUACGAGGCUCACGAGCAUUAGUGACGUUGGGAGCCUUGUAGUUGCUGGGGCCGCCGUUAUCAUCAUCAUCAUCAUCGCCCGGGUUGUCGGACGAAUCAACAUCUCGACCGCGGUGGGUGCAGCGAGCGCCGUGCGACUGCUAGACGCACUCGGCGCAGGCGCCACCCUGAAAGGUGGGAAUGCGGGUGCACUGGCGGAAGCGCGGGGAGUCAGUAGUCGCGCAUUUAUUGCCACAGGCAAUGGCCGCACGACCACGAGACUGAACCAAGACCGCAAGGAAGUAGCCCUGGCGGCGGAUGAUGCUGGCAACAAACUGCUGGACAGAAGUGUUGCUAGUGACGCGGAUCUCGAUAUCGCGCGACGGCAUGUUGAUGAUGAGACGCUCCUCAUCCUGCAGUCAAGGUUAACGUACGAAGACAAGGUAAGGACAAAAGUAACGUACAUUGAUGGCCAGAGCCAACAGAAGAGCGCGAUUGUUGGCGUUGCCAGUCGGAAGACGAAGCCAACGACCACCGGACGCAUCGGUAUGCAUACCGAUGUUGCCGAAGAUCGAACCACCGGGGGCAGCGAGAGACAUGAUGGAUUGAUCGUGCGAGGUGCUAUUGAUGAAUCAUUGUUGUUGGAGUUGAUUGAGGAAGAAGGGGAAGAUCGUCGUUGA